AUGUCAAUCCAGCAUCUUGAUCGAUUACUGACAGAAACCUCUUUUUCCAGUGACACCACAGACUUCCCGGUGGUACCCAACAAAUCUUCUUUCCCAGUGUUUUCCAAACCUAUGGAUUCAAAUAUAAAGCAAUGUGAUAGCAGAAAAAGUGAAGACAUCGACUCCCCGCAAACUCCUCAAGAUGUGUCAGAGUAUCUGUUAAGACAAUAUAACACUGGUCCUGAUUCAUUAAACCCAAAGAAAACAUCAAAAAGACCACCUAAAAAUCUGUUGUUUAAAGCAGUUUCUGAAGGAGAUUUGGAGUCAUUGAACAGAUUUCUUGAGGAAGCAAAAGAAUCAGCUGCUGCAUUAACCGAGAGAGGUGCACAAGAUUUUUUCAUGUACAAAUUUACAUCAAAGGACACUGGGAAAACCUGUCUGAUGAAAGCAUUACUGAACAUAAAUGAUAACACUCAUGAGAUUGUGUGUAUUCUGCUGUCAUUCGCUGAGGAGAAUGGAUUCUUGGAUAGAUUUAUUAAUGCUGAGUACACAGAAGAAAAUUAUAAAGGUCAAACUGCACUGAAUAUAGCCAUUGAGAGACGACAAAGUGACCUUGUCAAGUGCUUAAUUAAGAAAGGGGCGAAUAUCAAUGUACGGGCACAAGGCCGCUUCUUUAACCCCAAAAAUAAGCAUGAAGGAUUCUAUUUUGGUGAAACUCCACUAGCUCUUGCUGCAUGCACCAACCAACCAGAUGUUGUACAGCUGCUCAUGGAGAACAACCAGACCAAUGUCACCAUCCAGGACUCUCUGGGAAACACUGUAUUACACGCUUUGGUGACUGUGGCGGAGAAUUCAGAAGCACAAAAUGCCUUCAUAAUACGCAUGUAUGAUACAAUCCUACGCACCUGUAAAAACAAGUCUUUGGAGAGCAUAGAAAAUAAUGAUGGUCUCACUCCAAUGCAACUGGCCGCUAAAACAGGGAAGACUGAGAUCCUGCAUUACAUUCUCAGCCGAGAAAUCAAAGAAAAGGAAAAUAGGAUCCUCUCCCGCAAGUUUACAGACUGGGCUUAUGGACCGGUCUCCUCUUCUUUGUAUGACCUGAAAGAUGUGGACACAUGUUCGCGGAACUCAUUACUUGAAAUUGUGGUUUACAACACAGAUAUUAAUAACCGGCAUGAACUGUUGGCACUCGAACCUCUCCACAACCUGCUUCAAAUGAAAUGGAAAAAAUUUGCAAGAUACAUGUUCUUUAUUUCUUUUCUUCUGUCGUUCAUGUAUAAUGUUGUCCUAACAUUAGUCUCCUAUUACCGACCACGUGGAGAUCAGGCUCUUUAUCCGUUAAGUCCAACAUAUGAUCGGGGAUGGAUACAGCUGGUCGGACAAAUGUUUAUUAUUGUUUGUGCUACAUUCCUCAUGAUCAAAGAGGGUGUGGUUAUAUUCUUGGUGAAACCGUCAGAUCUACGAUCAGUUCUGUCAGACUCUUGGUUUCAUAUUUUGUUUUUCAUUCAAGCCGUCCUGGUUAUUUUAUCAGUUUUCUGUUUCCUUUUUGGCGUCAAAGAAUAUCUGGCCUUUCUCGUAUUAGCCAUGGCACUAGGAUGGGCAAACAUGCUGUAUUAUACUAGAGGGUUCCAGUCCCUGGGAAUCUACAGUGUUAUGAUCCAGAAGGUCAUCUUGAAUGAUGUUCUGAAGUUUUUAUUUGUCUAUAUUUUAUUUUUGUUUGGAUUUGGAGUAGCACUUGCAUCACUAAUAGAAAACUGUGCUGAUGGUGAUGAAUGCAGCGCAUAUAAGAGUUUCAGCACAGCCAUUGUGGAACUGUUCAAGCUCACUAUUGGACUGGGAGACCUGGAGAUGCAGCACGACUCUAAGUAUCCGGUCCUGUUUUUGCUUCUUCUGAUCACUUACGUGAUACUGACAUUUGUGCUGCUUCUAAACAUGUUAAUUGCAUUGAUGGGAGAAACAGUGGAAAAGAUUUCAAAAGAAAGUGAGCACAUUUGGAGACUACAGAGAGCUCGGACUAUACUGGAGUUUGAGAGGAGUUUGCCAAUGUGGCUUAAGGCUAAAUUUCAGCUGGGAGAAUCGUGCACUGUCUCCAAAAAUGACAACAGAACAUGUUUAAGGAUAAAUGAAGUAAAAUGGACUGAAUGGCACAAUCAUGUUACCUGUAUAAAUGAAGAGCCCGGUUUUGCAAUGUUUACUGGGAUGAGCUACAACAACUUGAACACUGAAGAUGAGCCUGAUAAUUUUGAGAAUGAUCGACCAUUUACAAUUGACUUCAGAGAUACAAUGGAUGCAACAGUCGAGACUACAGUUUAAGAUCUCUGAAUGAUGGGUUGUUGUUGUUGUUGGGCAUGUGUGUAUCUAAAGCAACAGUUAGAUGUUAUAGAGUAUGACAAAC